UGCACUUGGCAGAUGCUACACUGUAUUACUAGUGCGCGCCAAGAGGAGGGGCGUGCGUUCCCUCAUUUUAGGAGUACUGCAUGUCGUCUGUGGUUCAACUUGUGCAUGGAAUUAUUGAGAACUGUUUACAUUUUCGAAUAUACUUUUUUGAAUAGGGUAGGCUAUAUUAUUUGGGAAAAUUCAGGCUCAUGUAAUGCUGUAUUAGAAUCAAUAGGUCUAUCGGUGGAGUGAAAAGUAGGCUUACAUGUUCAAGUCCGCGCGCCGUCAAGAGUUUGGCAAUGCAGUCAGAGACAAAUGAGAGAUUCGUGAUCUAUUUUCAUUAGCUCAAACAGAAAGAACCUGAAAAGGCUAAGUCUCCUCAGAGAUCUGCAGCUGGUCUCAAUAAGGAUGACAUUGUCCAACCAUCAGACCUGGAGGUAACCCAAAGACGUCAGUGCUCCCUUCUCUCUGUGUCCCAGAUUGGAGAUGGUCCACUGGGCCACCCAGUGGUUGACAUGUGUCUGGCUCCAGACUGUCCUGGCCUCCGCGUUGGACACCUGUCCCUCCACAGCCCCUAGCCCUGUCAACUUCUCUGUGGCCUACACCAUGCCCUUCUUCCAAACAAAAAGCCCCAUCCAAAACAUAGUGACCAACUCAAUGUACCAGGAAGUGUAUGUUGCAUCUCAGAAUGUGGUCGAAGCCGUGAACAUGAGUUUGGAGAAGGUGUGGGAGCUUCCUACAGGCCCUGUGGGCAGCCCUGAGUGUAAGAUUUGCAAUUUGUGUGAUGUUGACAAGGAUCCCAACUUCCUAGAGAACACUGACAAUGAGGUAUUGUUGUUGGAUACGUUCUUUAUGUAUUUAUAUUCUUGUGGGAGUUCUCAAUAUGGUGUGUGCCAUUUUCACCAACUUAAGACAGAUGGACAAGCACCCAAUAAGAAUUCUUCAAAAUGUUUAUUCAGAAAAGAAUCUAACUCUGCUGCCUAUUGCCCUGACUGCCUUGCCAGCCCGCUGGGCACCAAAGUCACCAUGGUGGAGGAGGGGCAGACUGUAUACUUUUUUGUGGCUGCCACUGUCAACGACAGUGUUACACAGAGAUAUGGCAGGAAGUCCAUAUCAGUGCGCCGACCAUUGGCAACAGAAGAUGGGUUCUACAGCGAUGUGCGGGGACUGACCGUUCUGCCUAACCUGCGCAGGACCUACAACAUUGAGUAUGUCUACAGCUUCUUCACCCAGGAGUUUGUCUACUUCCUGUCCGUCCAGAGAGAGAGCCCUGACCAGGAGUUCUCCCCGUUUCAGACUCGGCUGGGCCGCCUGCCGAGGAGCGAGUGGGAGAUGAGAAGGUACCGGGAGGUGGUUCUGGAGUGCCGUUUCGAACCCAAGCGGAGGAGGAGGAGGAACACGGUGAGCGGGAGCGAGGCCUUUAAGGAUGUGGUUUACAAUGUGGUGCAGGCAGCCCACUUUGGGAAGGCAGGCAGGGAGCUGGCAGAUGAACUAGGGGCAGAGGAAGAGGAUGACAUCCUGUAUGGAGUGUUCGCUGUCACAGAUGACAACGGGGUCACAGAGCACGACUCAGCCCUCUGUGCCUUUCCCAUGGACAACGUGAACAAGGCUAUCGAUGACGGGGUGGAUGACUGCUGUAAGUCCGGCCCAGAGCAGCUGUCCCGGGGACUAUGCCACUUCCAGGCCUGCGAGAGCUGUCCUCAUGAGAGCAUGGAGAACAACGCCACCUGCAGGGACCACCCCAGCAUGGUGUCUAAGCCUUAUUACAGAGUGGACCUCUUCAACAAGCAGAUGAAUGAUGUCCUGCUCACCUCGCUGCUGGUCACCACCAUUGAGAACAAGACCGUGGCACACAUUGGCACCUCCACUGGACGGCUCCUGCAGCUUGUUUUGAGAAGAUCAAGCCCUACUAUCUUUGCUAAUUACACCUUGGUAGAGAACCAGAGGGUCUCCUCCAUUGCUGCUGUGUACUCGUCAGAAUCUCUACUGUUUGUGGUUGGAGACAAGGUGAUCCAGGUGCCUCAGAGGGGGCCAGGCUGCCAGCACUUCAUGACCUGUGCAAUGUGCCUGAUGGCCCCUGAGUUCAUGGGAUGUGGCUGGUGCUCUGGAGUGUGCUCUUGGAAGGAGGAGUGCAGUGGCCGCUGGAGGAAUGAGUCUUGCCCCCCUGGUAUCACCGGGUUCUUCCCCAAGAUGGCUCCCCCUGAUGGUCAGUCAGAGCUGACUCUGUGUGGCUGGGAGUUCCAGUCUCCCCUGAGGCCUGCCAUCAGCUCCAGAACCCACCUGGUCAGACUGGGACAGACAGCCUGUGCUGUGCUGCCACUGAAGAGCAACAACACACACCUGGUGUGUAAGAUUCUCUCUGGGGCCAUUGAGCUGUCCAAACCAGUUAACAUCACUGUAGAGGUGCAAGAGGGCAAGGUGGAGGGCCGCUACUCCAUCGACGGGAACGCAGAGAUGCCAGGAUUUACCUUUGUGAUUCCCAACAUCACAGAGAUCCAGCCUAACUACGGGCCUCGUGUUGGGGGAACUCUGAUCACUGUGACUGGGCCUCACCUGGACGCUGGGAAGACCAGAAGGGUCACUCUGAAUGGAGAGCCCUGCCCAAUCACCAGUGUCACAGCGCCCAGAGGGAACAUGUCCUCCAUCAUCUGUCUGUCUCAGCCCAUCUCGGAGGUGAGGGACGUCCCCCUCAGUGUGUUCAUAGACAAGUCCCCCGUCCUCACCACCAAGGUCUUCUACUACAAAGAGAACCCCGAGGUCACAGCCGUCCUCCCAGACUGUAGUUUUGACAGGGGGUCAAAGAUAAUCAUUGAGGGGAAGAACUUGGACUCUGUAUACAGGACCAUCAUCCGCUUUAGGCCCAAUGAGAGCCACCUGAAGCCUGUCACCAGAGAGUGCAAAGGCAAGUCGUUGCCCACACGGAUGGAGUGCAUAACCCCUGCUUUCCCCCGGGAAGAGACAGAGGAAGGGGAGCUCUCCUUUGAUAUGGAUGGAGCUGUUGGACUGUGGAAUGGAGAGUUCUCCUACCACCCCUAUGGCGAACCAAUACCCUUUGAAACUGAUGGCCAUGUACUUAGGCUGUAUGCUGGACAAGAUGAAGUGUCACUACAUCACCAGAAACUGAAUCUUGUGAGUUCCUGCAUGACAAUCACUAUGACAGUGGGAGGAGUGGAUUGUGACGCGAAAGUUCUGGACAAUGAAAUCACCUGCAGGAUCCCUAGAAACGUAACCAUCAGUGGACUGCCUGUGAAGAUUUCCAUCAAUGGGCAGGUUCACAACGUUGGGACAGUGGUCCUGGUCAGUAACCACUACAUGGUGGGCAUCGUACUGGGGAUACUGGGGGCCCUGGUGGCGGGGGCCGUGCUGGCCUUCGUAGUCAUGAAGCACCUGAGGAACCAGAAGAAAGCCUCUCAGGUGGAGACCCGUUUGGCUCAUAACCACAACCGCCCCGGCAGCAGUAGUGUGGAACUGUCACCUGUAGGGGACUACAGAAGAGGAACUCUACUGACCUUGCCCCUCACCACUCUAGUAGUCCUGCCUCAGAGGCCAAGUUUGGCUCUGGGAAGCACAGUGGUGUUCCCCAGCCCGGCCUAUGCUGCAGGCAGCAUGGACCCCACCCUCACCCCUCUCAUGCCCCCUGAGAAGAUCUCCAUCUCCAGCUUUAGACCAGAGCUCCUGGAGGAGGUGAAGGACGUGCUGAUCCCAGCAGACAUGCUCAUCGUCCAGCACCAUCAGAUUAUCGGCAAGGGUCAUUUUGGCACAGUUUACCAUGGCUACUUCACAGACCAUAACAACAGAGAAAUCCACUGUGCAGUCAAGUCAUUGAACAGGAUAACAGAUGUAGAAGAGGUAGAGCAGUUUCUAAAGGAGGGCAUCUUGAUGAAGGGGUUCCAUCACACCAAUGUUCUCUCUCUGCUGGGCAUCCUGUUGCCUCAGGAGGGGCUCCCCCUGGUGGUACUACCUUAUAUGAAGCACGGGGACCUCCGCCACUUUAUACGCUGUGAGAAAAGGAACCCCACGGUGAAAGACCUGAUUGGCUUUGGGCUUCAGGUUGCCAAGGGGAUGGAGUACUUAGCACAUAUGAAGUUUGUGCACAGAGACCUCGCAGCACGCAACUGCAUGCUGGAUGAGUCGUACACAGUGAAGGUGGCAGACUUCGGCAUGGCCAGGGAUGUGUUCGAUAAGGAGUACUACAGUGUUCAGGACCACAGGAAGGCCAAGCUACCAGUCAAGUGGAUGGCCAUUGAGAGCCUACAGACACAGAAAUUCACUGCCAAGUCAGACGUAUGGUCCUUUGGGGUGUUGAUAUGGGAGAUGUUAACCAGAGGAGCAAGCCCCUACCCAGAGGUGGACCCCUAUGACAUCACACAUUACCUGCUGAAAGGCAGGAGACUCCCCCAACCACAGUUCUGUCCUGACCCUUUGUAUGCCAUCAUGCUGCAGUGCUGGGACCCAGAACCAGAGAUGAGACCCAGCUUCGCAACGCUGGUGUCUGCUGUCCUGACCAUCCUGUCUGACCUUGAGGGGGAGCACUACAUCAGCCUCAAGGUCACCUACGUCAAUCUGGACCAGCCACGCCCCUACCCUGCCCUCACAGAGUCUGCAGAUGAGUGUGAUUCCUCAGACACUGAAGACACACGCUCAAUGUCCUCCUGAUGUCACAUCAGGACAGGUACAUGUAAUACAGUAUGGCUUGGUGCUAUGAGCACAAGGGGCUCAGUUAGAAAGUCAAACUAAAGGUCGUCGGUUAUCCUGGAGAAAAUGACUUGUCUUUUACUACCUAGUGUUGAAAGUGUAGGGACUUGAAUGGUCCUCCCCAUUCACAUUAUACUAUAUUACCUGGGAAAGCUUUUGGUAAAUAAUAACGGAUGUAAUGUCUAUAUGUUUUCUCUUAAUUUUUUUUUGAGAUGUAGUAAUUAUACUGUAUAUUUUGGAUCAUAAUUUUACCAAACAAAAUGUACCCUAAUGUUUCAACAGUGAUCUGUUAUUAUUCUGUUACUUUUAUUUCAUGCGCAAUGUGUUUUAGAUAGUGUAAUAAAUUAACAUAUUUAUUUGUUUAUAUACUCUUGUUCCUGUGAGAUUUGAGUAAAAUGGCUCAUUUAUGUAAAAUUCCAA